GGGCGCCGUAGUCCUGGCUCGGCUGAGGCCAGGCCUUUUCCCGCGCGCUCCUCCCGCGCUGGCUGAGGAGCCGGGAAAGAUGGCGCUGGAGGCUCGCGGGAUGGAGGAGGACGGGGAGAUCUCGGACUCCGACUGCGAAAUGCCCGCCUCCGCCAGGAGCCCCUCGCAGAAACAGCACGAUAUCAACUCAGCCAGAUCUUUUCCAACUGGCAUUCCCCCCUGUGCACCAAGUGUCCCUUACCGCACAACCAAAAGUUUGGACUCCAGUGACGAGAGCUUCUCAGAUUCAGAUGAAGACAGCUGUCUGUGGAAGAGGAAGCGACAGAAAUGUUCGAAUCUUCCUCCCCCUAAACCAGAGCCUUUCAAUUUUGGCCCGAUCCCUCAGAAACAGAUUACUGCAGGGGGUAAAAAGAUCAACAACAUCUGGGGUGCAGUGCUUCAGGAGCAGAACCAAGAUGCGGUGGCCUCAGAACUUGGGAUUCUAGGGAUGGAGGGAAGUAUUGAUAGGAGCCGGGCAUCAGAGACUUACAAUUACUUGUUGGCGAAAAAGCUGAUGAAAGAAUCUGAGCCAGAAGUGGCUGAAGCACUAGACAAAGAGUUAGAUGAAUAUAUGCAGGAUGACAAAAAGACAUUGCCAAAGGAGGAAGAGGAGGAGGAAAUUGGACAAGGCCUCUUGAAACGGAAACGGCCUGUUAAGGACAGAUUGGGUGAAAGACAAGAAAUGAAUUACAAAGGGAGGUAUGAAAUUACUGAGGAUGAUCCUGAGGAAAAAGUGGCAGAUGAAAUUGCCUACCGGCUUUGUGAGCCAAAGAAGGAUCUGAUCGUACGGGUUGUAAAAAUCAUUGGGAAGAAAAAAUCUAUUGAACUACUGAUGGAGACAGCUGAAGUGGAACAAAAUGGAGGCCUUUUCAUAGUGAAUGGCACUAGAAGAAGAACACCAGGAGGAGUUUAUUUAAACUUGCUGAAAAACACACCUAGUGUAACUGGAGAACAAAUCAAGGAAAUCUUCUAUAUUGAAAACCAGAAGGAGUAUGAGAACAAGAAAGCAGCAAAGAAGAGGAGAAUUCAAGUCCUGGGGAAAAAGAUGAAGAAAGCUAUUAAAGGGCUCAACCUUCAAGAAUAUGAUGAUGCCUCAAGAGAGACUUUUGCUAGUGAUACAAAUGAGGCAUUGGCUUCACUGGAUGACUUGCAGGAAGGACAUGGAGAAAUGAAACUGGAUCCUGAAGAUGCUAUUGAAAUUGAUCACACUCAUGACGUGGACCUCUUUUAAUGCAUCGGGUACUUGAGAGACCAUGCUUUUUGUGAGAUAUAUUAAAUUGCAGUUUUUAUAUUAAGACUACGUCUUGUUUUCAUUAGUGGCGAUGGUUGUAUACUGAAGAGGGCCUUUGUUUUCUAACUCAGUGUCCAUACUUGAGUUUUCAGUUUGAUUUAGAUCAUGAAAAUACUUUGAUCCGCUAUCUCCUUUGUUAUAUAACUCAGCACCUAGUUAGGCUAUGUUCUCUCACCUGUGGGAUAGUUUCUAGGUAAGAGUAAAACUCAAUAUUCUCAUUCCAGAGUAAGGCUCAUGUCUGGCGCCUGCUAACUGCAUAGAAAUGUUUUCUGUAUUAUUUAACUAAAGGUAAUAUGCAACAAAGUGACAUACCACACUUGUACAUUUAUUCUGCCAUGGAAGCAUUUAUAAUAAGCAUGGUGUUCGUGGUUUCAGAGUUUGGGAACAUUUUUCUAAUAUGCUAUUCCAAAUGCUUGCAAAUUACUGAAAAUGUCUCUUUAGGUGCAGCACUAAUAAUAGGAAGGAAUGCAGUGCAGAGAUAUUAGGUGUCCUUUGUCUGAAUGUGCAUUACUAUCCACGAGACUAUUUUCUCUAGAAGAUUGUAAGGAAUGUUCAGAUUUAUGUUUUGUUUUAAUGACAAAGUAUCUGCCCCCCCCCCCCUAUCUGAAGCGGUAGAUGCAAAAAUUUGCAGAACUCUUAUCCCAUUUUUGAAUAUUGUUCAGUAAGACAAAUGGACUUACUGCACCACACUUUUAGUUAUGCUGAUGAGUUUUGUGCUAAUGGUGUGAUAUUGUGUCAAAUUACGUGUACUUAAGUACCACUGAAAUCUGUUGGGCGUUGAACACAAUGUAACUGGUUGCAGAAUUGUAGCCCCCAGUAGGCCAGACUCAAGAUUCUUGGCUACCAUUUAGGAUUACAGUUCCCUUUCUAAAUGCAUAUUUUUGUUUGCUUCAUUAUCUAUUGGGGGGGGGCGGGAAUCUGAGUUGCAUAGUUUAGCUACAUACAAGUGUUGAGUUGUACACGGCAGUUGUGCACAGUACAGUUUGUCGGGUGAAAAAAAGGCCCAUCUGAACUUUUCCAGGCUGACUUUUUGGCUCAUUCACCUCUGUAUUUUUGUGUUAAUGCCCAACAAUUUCACGAAAGGGCUGUUGAGGCUUAGGCUGUGGUCCGCUGAUAGCCUUCAGAGGGUCUAACAGUCUGCUGCAUAUCACUUAAGCUGAAAAUUCAUGGCACUAAAUUGCCUUAAAUCUUGACUACACUGACUUAAUUGUUUUGUGAGUUGCUGCUGAAAUAAAAAGUAUACCAAUUAUCAGUAGAUCAUUAAAGAUCAACAAGGCUAAAGAUAUCCACAGUAACUAAAUUUCUUGGGAUAGAAAUGUUCUUUUCUUAGUAUCUGGUAUCCGAGAUGACCUCACACGCGUAUGGGGUAUUAUGUGAAAGAACCCCAAUUUAUUUUUGUGUUUUCAUUCCAAAAUGUUAAGUUAAAACUGCUGUUCCGGAUGUGGAAACAAUGACAUGUUAUUGCCAGCUAAUAAAGGAUUGCUCUCUCAAA